UUCUUUAUUUUAUUAAAUUAAAAUCUCCUCUUUCAUCGUUUUGAAAACUCAUCUCCUCGCUCAAUUUCUUCGAGUCGCCGCUGUGAAUCCAAUAAGGCGGCAAAAAGGAGGAAAAAAAAAAAAAAAAAAAAGAAAGACAGAAAGAAAUAAAUUGCUCUCUUUUCAAAUGGUAUUCAAUUUCAAUGGCCGCCAUUCUUUCUCACAGUCUCCGAAUUUCGUUUCGCAAUUCACAGUUAAAUCGUGAAACCCUAACUUUCGUAUUUUUAAGGUUAUAGUGUAAGUUUAGAGAGGUGAGAAGUUUGGCCGGUGAUGGAGGAGCCUGGACAGCUUAAACGUGCGUUGAUUGAUUCAACGGCUGGGGCGGUUGCCGGUGCUAUCUCACGCACAGUUACUUCUCCUCUUGAUGUUAUAAAGAUCCGAUUCCAGGUUCAAUUGGAGCCCACAACUUCAUGGGCUUUGCUGAGUGAAAAUAUGCAUACGGCAUCAAAAUAUAAUGGAAUGCUUCAAGCAACAAAGGAUAUAUUUAGAGAGGAAGGUUUACCGGGUUUCUGGCGUGGCAAUGUCCCUGCUUUACUUAUGGUUAUGCCAUACACUGCCAUACAAUUUACAGUAUUACACAAACUGAAAACGUUUGCAGCUGGUUCUUCUAAAACAGAAAAUCACAUUAAUUUGAGUCCUUACUUGUCGUACAUGAGUGGGGCAUUAGCUGGGUGUGCAGCUACUGUUGGAUCUUAUCCAUUUGAUCUUUUACGGACCAUAUUAGCAUCACAAGGAGAGCCUAAGGUGUAUCCAACCAUGAGGUCUGCAUUUGUUGAUAUUGUCAGAACCCGUGGCUUCAGAGGAUUGUAUGCUGGAUUGUCACCAACACUGGUUGAGAUUAUUCCUUAUGCUGGUCUGCAAUUUGGCACCUAUGACACAUUUAAGCGCUGGACCAGGGCCUGGAACCAGAGCAGAUCUUCUAGCAGCUCCACUGGUACAGACGACAGUCCUUCAAGCUUUCAGCUUUUUCUCUGUGGAAUAGCGUCUGGGACAUGUGCUAAACUUGUCUGUCAUCCACUUGAUGUGGUCAAAAAACGAUUCCAGAUUGAAGGACUGCAGAGGCACCCAAAAUAUGGUGCUCGAGUCGAACACCGUGCUUAUAAAAAUAUGUUAGAUGGACUACGUCGAAUACUGCAGUCAGAGGGUUGGGCUGGUCUUUACAAGGGCAUUGUUCCAUCAACUGUCAAAGCUGCACCUGCAGGUGCCGUAACAUUCGUGGUUUAUGAAUUUGCAUCAGAUUGGUUAGAGUCUAUUUUGACUUGAAUCUAACCUUAUUUUUUGUCCUAUAGAUCUGUUGGUAUUAAUCUCAUUCUUUUUUACUCGAUCUUAAAAGGCCCUCUUGAAGGAAAGAGGAGGAAUCGUAUUACAUUUUUUAUUAGUUUACAGGCCAUAAGCCUGUUAGUGGUAGAUUCUACAAUAUUUGAGGUUAAAAUUUAGAGUAAUACUACACAUACAUUAUUUUCAUAUAACAUUUUUCAUACAACAUUAUGUGGCAAGAUAUGAUUAGUUGAUUUAAAGUUAAAAUUAAACGUUCACCCAAUCAUAUUUUAUCACAUAAUGUUGUAUGAGAAAUGUUGUAUGAAAAUAAUGUAUGUGUAGUAUUAUUCUAAAAGUUAAUACAUAGAGAAAAGCGAUUACUAGUGAUAUGUAGAUGCCUUUUUUUGUUUUUUUUUUUUCAUUUAACUUGUAUUUGGUUUCGUUCCAGUAUAAACUAUUUUGCAAGAUUGAGAUUGGAAUGGUCGAUUUGAAUACCCAGAUUUCUUACUUGAAA